AAACAGCACGUGACCUUAUGCAACUCGGUCCAAUGAAAACACGCGACGUUUGUAGAUUUGGGCCAAUCGCUGACGCCCAAGCGGCACGGGUAGUUUGUUUCUGCAGAUCACUCGAUCACUUUUCGUUCUACGGUGGUUCUACGAUCUCAAAGCGGUCUCACGCUACGUACCGGUGUCAAAGAUGCGCUCGCUGACGCUGUUCCUCGGGCUUUUCGCCGUGCUGGCAAGCGGUACCGUCGCGAGCACCACAAAGGGCAGCGUACCGCUACAAACAUCCACAUUCGACAAGAUCGUUCCGAAGUUCAAAGUGACGCUGGUAAAGUUCGACGUGACGUACCCUUACGGAGAAAAGCACGACGAGUUCGUCAAGGUGGCUGAGGAGUCCCAGAACACCCCCGACUUUUUGGUGGCUGAAGUGGGCGUUCAGGACUAUGGAGACAAGGAGAACAUGGACCUAGCCGAGCGGUACGGCGUCAAGAAGGAGCAGUUCCCCGUGCUCAAGCUCUUCCUGUCCGGCCAGGACGAGCCGGUCCUCUACGAGGGGGAGUUCAAGGCCGACGACAUCAAGGCCUUCGUCAAGAAGCACUCCGGCAUCAAGCUGCAGCUGAAGCACUGCCUGUCGGAGUUUGACCAGCUUGCGAGCCAGUUCAUGGCGGCGGAAGGUGCAAGCAGCCAGGAGGCCCUUCUGGCAGAAGCCAAGAAGCUCCAGGGCUCCCUGGAGAAGGAGGCAGACAAGAAGUCUGCAGAUGUCUACGUCAAGAUGAUGCAGAAGGUGCUGGAACGUGGCAAGGCCUUUGUAAAGAGCGAGGCGGAGCGGGUGAAAAACAUCCGAAACGGAAAGAUCACCAGCACCAAGAAGGAGGAGCUCCAGGGGCGCCUUAACAUCAUCAGCUCUUUUGUCAGGGACGAGUUAUGAGGGGCCCUUUUGGUUUUCUGCUUUGGGAGGGGGGGAAGGGGGGUUCUCGAGUUCCAGCGAGCGGUUUACAGUGGCAUUUGAACAAGGCGGGAGGAUCAAUUGUAUUUCACGCAUCAUUUCUUUGAGUGUGCCUAGUCUCAUUGUUCUCCGACAGUUGAUUUUGUUCAUUUUGAAGUGGGGUCCUUUUUUUACUGGCAUCUAUUGACAAAUAAAGGCUGUUUGCAUCAA